UUCCUGCCCAUCCCCGGAAGUGGAGUUAGGGCCCCCGCGGGCGGUAGUUCCCGUUUGUCGCGGCCUCCCCACACUUUCAAGUUGCACCCCAGCGGAGCCAAAGGGACCAGUGGAGCGCAUCCCGCCCACGCCCACGCCACCGCCUCUGCUCAGGCCGCUGUCCCUCGGCGCACGCGCGCGGGAAUGUUCCAAACCGCGUGCCUGCCAGCCGGGGCCCCAUAGGUGGGAGCAAAUUUCCGUGCCGGCUUCGGGCGUUUCCGGUCUUAGCGGGCUCAACUGGGAGGGUAUAUUACAAACCUCCAGAUGUUGGUCUGUGGGGUUCAGCAGAGGAUCAGUUCACUAACCCUUCAUUGGUAAGCCACUCUUCCCGAUUGCUGUCCUAUCAUCCACCAUCCUCAUGUCUGCCUUACUUCUCAAUCUGGAUUUUGGUAAACCUCCCCCCAAAAAGGCAUUAGAGGGGAAUGCCAAGCACCGAAAUUUUGUCAAGAAGCGGCGGCUCUUGGAAAGGAGAGGCGUUUUGAAUAAGAAGAACCAGCCCCCUAGCAAUGUGCCUAAGUUGCACUCAGAACCUCCAAAGAAAGGGGAAACUCCUCAGAUGGAUGACACUUUGAAAAUCCCUCCCCCUCCAAAAAAGAAGACUGCUGCCUCCAGUGGUGGGUCAGAGCAGUCCCUGGACAAGAAAGCAUCUGUGCCUUGGCUGACCCCUGCCCCUUCACAGAAGGCUGGUUCUGCUGUGGCUAAAGUAGAUUUGCUGGAGGAGUUCCAGAGUGCCCUUCCAAAGAUUAAGAGCCACCCAGCUCGCCACCAGAAGAAGGACCCCCAGAAGAACCCUCCUCAGAAGAAUACCCCAGCUCAUUCAGAGAAUAAAUUUUCCGGAGCAUCCCAGAUGCUGCCAAGGAAGAUGGUGGCAAUUGACUGUGAAAUGGUGGGCACAGGACCCAAGGGGCAUGUCAGUUCCUUGGCUCGAUGUAGCAUCAUCAACUACAAUGGAGAUGUGCUCUAUGAUGAGUACAUCCUUCCCCCCUGCCACAUUGUGGACUACCGCACCAGAUGGAGUGGUAUUCGCAAGCACCACAUGGUGAAUGCUACACCCUUCAAGAUUGCUCGGGGUCAGAUCUUGAAGAUACUCACAGGAAAGAUAGUGGUGGGACAUGCCAUCCACAACGACUUCAAAGCCCUUCAGUAUUUUCACCCCAAGUCUCUCACCCGUGACACCUCCCACAUCCCCCCUCUCAACCGGAAGGCUGACUGCCCAGAGAAUGCUACCAUGUCUCUGAAGCAUCUCACCAAGAAACUGCUGAACCGGGACAUCCAGGCUGGGAAAAGUGGACAUUCCUCUGUGGAAGACGCUCAGGCCACCAUGGAGCUGUACAAGUUGGUUGAAGUUGAGUGGGAACAGCACCUGGCCCAGAAUCCCCCCAAAGAUUAGCAGCAGUGGGGAUACCUUUGGUGAGAGGAGGCAGAGGCAGCACCACACCUGGAAAAACAGGGCAGUGAACCAGCGGACAGGACAAUCCUACCAGCUCCCCACCUUUGGGAACCAGAGUUGUUGCGGGGAGAGAGGCUCUACCCCAGACUUAAUAUGUAUUGAAAUCUCACCUCAGGUGUUGUGUCGUGUGUCUGGUUAAGUGUCCCAUGAAGGAGGAAUCUCCAUGUCAGUACCCAGCCCUACACUGUUUACCCGUUAAAUGGUGCUAAACACAGGUCCCAGGGUGCUUUGUUCUAGUCAAGCUUUUUGACUUUUAAGGGUCGGGGCAUACUGGGAAAUUUAGUUUCCCAGACUGCCUUAUCACUAGGGUAGCUAUAUGUCCCAUUGUAUGCCUUUUGUUCUCAAAUAAUUAACAGCACCCUUUUUCACUCUCAGAAGUAUCCUGGUUGGAUGAUAAUUGUAUGGUUACAUUACAUAUCAAAGUCUACAUUUAGUCUGUGUCAGAAUAUCACCUGUUUUUUCCUCCCUGACUUUGAGAAGAACCAUCCCUGGUGAGUUCCAAGGCAAUAGAGAGGUAAGAGAGUAUGAUUUGAAAAUCAACUUUUAUGAUGUAGGAAAGCAUUCUCUCUCUUAAAGCAAUAGAGGAUUUAUUUAAUUUAGAUCCCACCUGAUAGGUUAAAAAAGAAUUUUAAAGUCUUUUACUUUGCUAAAAUAAGCCUCUUAAAAACUCAAAUUAUUCCCUUGAUAAAAUCUUUUUCCUUGAUAAAUUUUAAUGGAAAAAUAAUUAUGUGGUCUUUUAUUUUAUUUCUUUUUAGAGAAAGAGAGAAACAUAGAUUGGUUGCCUACCAUAUGCACCCUGACCAGGGAACAAACUCACAACCUUUUGGAGUAUGGAACAGUGCUCCAGCUAAAAUACCCACCUGGGGAUUAACUUGCUUUGUUGCAAGGUCUUGUUGGGCUGUAAUUCUGUAAGAGGUCCCAGUGUUUGGGUGGCACUGACUGGGUCCUGGUUUGCUGGAAGUCAUCAGGAAGCAUGGACAAGCCUAUUUGUGUAGCCAGUGUGCUCUGGUGCCUGGUCCUUGCCCUUCCCACAAAUCAAAAAGCACAGCUCACAUCACACCCCAAGCCACUGGAACACCUUUACAUGGAGUACAUGUGACUAGGAGAGUGACUCAGUGGGCACAUGGGAGGGUUGGAGCAAGAGGAAGGGUGCUUCUUGGUGCUAGCCUGGUUGUUCCUGCUGCCAUUUCCUUGGUACACACCCUCAUUUUGGGAAGGUGAGUCACAGGUCUGACCUUGUGUCUGAGAUAACUGUCUUGAGAAAAUGCAGACUCCAUAUGUUUACUGGGACUUGUGCCCUCUUGAGUGGCUGGUUUGACUUCAAGGGCCAGAGUCACAGUCAUGGCUGCCUGUAGCAGGGGUGGUUAGGACAAGACUAAACAUGUGGUCCUGUCACAUACUGUGCUGCAGGAUCUGUUUGCACAGGCACCUCUUGAGCUCCUGAGAAAAUUGGUUCUUGCUUAGUCCAACUUGAACUGUCUGUGACACUUCACAAGGUGCCAGGUCCCAGGUGCCCUACACACUAGGAAGGCCACACUCCCAAUUAGACAUACACAAGAAAGCAAGUCUUCAUUACAUCAUGAUCAGUUAACUAGACAACCCUCAUCUGAGAUCAGUUUUUGCGUUACCUGCUGGCUGAAACAAAACUGGGUUUGUAUGUAUCUUGGUAAAGUAGCAACUGGCUUUUCUGCUUCAUCCCUUCACGCUGAAACCCCCAUCUUCAUGUUCUACAGGGCCCCUGGUCUCAGUCCAACAUUAGAGCUCAGUCUGUCUGCUCACCAGGAAGGACCUGGAGGAUGAGAGGACCUUGCACUGUUUUCUCUCAUCACUUUCUGAUCAGAACCCAGUCCACCCUGCAAGGGUAUUUGGGGAUACACUGUCAUUCAGUCCCCUUUCUUGUCCACAACCCUCUGUCCCCAGGAUCCUGGCUUCAUCAAUUGAUAAUUGAAGAGCCCCACUACAGAUUGCUGCCUGAAUCCCUAUCAGCAAAACCUUUAUGGCUUUAAAUUUAAGAUCCUUUAGAGUGGACCACAUUCCUGACAAAACCCAAACUCUUCUAAUAAUCUCUUCCUGGCAUGAUUAUAUUUUAAUGCUAAGAGACCCACUACUGCAGGUGAACAUGGGAAAGGGUAAAGAUUGAGAACUAUAUUCACCAAUCAUAAACGUGGUAGUCUAAAACUUAACAGAGUAGUUCUCAAAAGAGGAAGGGAGGUGUAUUUUGAAAUUUCAGAUGAUAGUACUGCCUCUUCCUCCACCUUCAUGAAGCACUGAUCAGAUUCACAGAGCAGGAUGACAGCUAUAGGGUGGGGUGGAGAGAUAGAGCAAAAAGGAAAAAGGAAUCAAGGAUAACAGUGUGGUGAUUGUAGGGUGGGGAGGGGGUAUUAAGGGGACUAAAUUGUAAUAGAAAAAAGACAAUAAAAAAAUUUUUAAGCCCCACUGAUCUAGUGAAGGCUCCAAAGAGGAAGCAUUUAAUCCUUAGUUCAACAGAUGAUUACAGCUGACCAGAAGAAAGAUCAACAGUACUAUAAUUAUGAACUGGUCCCCCAGGCACAGUAGCCAAAGUCCAAGUUUAGAGACAAACACUGAUGUGUGCGAUAUGCUAGGUAAAUACCCUGUAUCUAUAGUCUGUAUAAUGUACACAACGCUCUUUGGGUAGGGGAACUCAAGAGUUAAAAUAUUUUAGCCUUAGUUAUAAUUGAGAGGCUUAAGCAAUUAAUACAAGUGAAAAGCUUCCAGGACUGGAAUGCAUGACCUCUGUGACUCCAGAAGGUCAGCAAGCAAUUCAGCCUUUGUGGCCCAGGGGGUCUGCAAGCCUAUAGAGCUGGUAUGAGUCAUUGUGCUCCAAAGAGGAGUGUGUGCAAUGGACAAAAAUGGUUGAUCAACAGAUAAAGUACUAGGAAAGUCUUUGCCAGACUGCAGUUCUUAUCCGAUUAACCUUUUUCCUAACCACCUUACCUACCCUUACUUCUUAUAAAAAGGUGGCUCUGAGUGAAUGAGAUGUUAAGACAGUUUUGGGGGGUACUUAACUCAUCAUCUCAGAUCACUGGCAUCUGAAUAAAGUACCAAUAAAGAUUUAAUCCUUGUCUCUGUUUAUUGGUUCUGGUAGUGACAGGCAGCAUGAACACUGACUUCUCGUUUCAUUUUCUGGGGACUGGUGGGAUACCUUUGAAACUCUCCAGUAAGUCUGGGUUUCUGGCAAGAAGUCCUGUUGGCUGCCUGGACUGGAGGGCCCACAGGGUGCAGGUUUGGAGACUCCCUAGCAGCUGCCAAGUGAUUUCACUUGGGGACUCUCCUCCAAUUCUCAGCACUCCCCAUCACCUUCACGUUGGAUUGAAUUACUGUCCUUUCUGGUUUGAGGUUGUAGUCCAGGGUUAUGAUUUAGAAGUCAUCAGGAAUUAAGGUGCCUUCUGGUUGGUUUGAUAUUGCAGAGCUCUGUGUGGUAGAAUUGUAAUCCCAGGUUAUGAUUUAGAACAGUUGUCAGUAACUAAGGUGCCGUCUGGUUUAUGAGAUAUUACAGGGCUCCAUCUGGUAGAAUAGGGGUGGGGGAGCUCCCAUUCUAGAGACAGCUCUUUGGGGCAAAUAAUGGCUGUUUGGUCACCUAUG